AUGUAUGCCGACACCCGCAAGCCCUUGGUCGUGGCGGGCAGUAUCAAUGCCGAUCUAGUAGCCAAGGUAGCCCGUCUGCCGGCCCCCGGCGAGACGAUGGAGUCGCAGGGGUUUGAUGUGUUUCCUGGUGGCAAGGUGGGGACGGACGCCUAUGCCGGCAUGCUCCGAAGCUCCCUGUCAGACUGCGGCGUGGACACUUCCCUGGUCACCAGUGCGGAUGGCUCCAGCGGAAUGGCCCUGAUUCUCCUGCAACCUGGAGGAGAAAACAGCAUCAUCCUGGUAGGAGGUGCAAACACUUCGGACAACUGGAAGAUCACGGAUGAGGCCACACAGGCACGCCGCAGGGCAGUGCAGACGGCUGGAGCGCUCCUCCUGCAGCGAGAGAUCCCGGAAGUCUUCAACGUCAUCUUUGCCAAGAUCGCCGCUUCGGCCGGAGUCCCAGUCAUCCUGGACGCGGGGGGCGUGACACAGCCCAUACAGGUGGACCUGCUCUCCAAUGUCAGCCUCGUCUCCCCCAACGAGACCGAGCUGGCCCGACUCACGAACAUGCCCACAAAGACCAUGGCCCAGGUCCAAGCAGCAGCCGAGGCACUCGUGCACUCUGGCGUGAACAAGGUCCUGGUCAAGCUGGGUUCCAAGGGAUCAAUGCUCGUCGACAUCUACGGCAACGUGCUGAAGCAGAAGGCGGUGCCCGUCUCCGACGUGGUCGACACGACGGGGGCGGGGGACUGCUUCACUGCGGCCUUUGCCGUGGCCAUGCUGGAAGGGAAGAAUGACGCCGAGGCCAUGUCGUACGCCAGCGCAGCGGCGUCCGUCUGCAUUGGGCGGGCAGGCGCGCUGCCCAGCCUGCCGACGCGGCAGGAGGUGGAGGCCGUGCUGUCUCGGCAGCUGGCCACGGCCACGCUCGCCGCAGCAGAGGAUGCUCCCUCCCCCAGAGCCGGGGCUUUCUGGUGA